AUGCACUUGCAGGAGCAGCAGCAACAGCAGCAACACCAGCAGCAGCAGCAGCAUCAACACCAGCAGCAGCAACAGCAACAGCAACAGCAUCAACACCAGCAGCAGCAACAGCAACAGCAACAGCAUCAACACCAUCAGCAGCAGCAGCAGCAGCAGCAGCAUCAACACCAGCAUCAACACCAGCAUAAACUCCAGCAGCAGCAACAGCAGCAGCAGCAGCAGCAACAACAACAGGAGCAGCUGUAUUGUUUCUUUGGACAGCAACAUCAACAGCAACAGCAGCAGCAGCAGCAGCAACAGCAGCAGCAGCAGCAGCAGCAGCAGCGCACGAACAAGAACAGCGUGUGGGUUGCAGCAAUAUGA